AUGGCUAUUCACGAGAACUCAGUUGACGCCAAAGACUCUGCGUCUGCAUCCAUCUCCGCACAGCCAGAGAAUGUCUUCCGGGAUACCAAGAAGUCCGAUGCCGAGCAGAGCUACAAUGGUGACUCUAAUCCUCGGGAGCUAAAGCGCAAGCUGAAGAGCAGACAUUUGCAGAUGAUUGCGAUCGGUGGAACCAUCGGCACAGGUCUCUUUAUUUCCAGUGGCACCGCUAUCGCCGAAUCCGGUCCGGCAGGCGCAUUAAUCGCCUAUCUCUUUGUCGGCUCCAUCGUUUAUUCUGUAAUGGGCUCCUUGGGUGAAGUUGCAACCUUCAUCCCCAUUCCCGGCGCUUUCACCUCCUACGCUGCCCGCUUGAUUGAUCCCAGCCUCGGCUUCUCUAUGGGCUGGAUCUACUGGUUCAACUGGGCCUCCACAUUCGCUGUUGAAUUAACCGCCACGGGAACAAUCAUUCAAUACUGGGAUCCGAGCUUGAACAUCGCUAUCUUCAUUGGAGUUUUUUGGGUCUUUAUCACAGCUCUGAACUUCCUCCCCGUCAGUUUCUAUGGCGAGUUGGAAUUCUGGUUCUCCACUAUCAAAGUGGCUACUGUGAUUGGGUUCAUGAUCUUCGCGAUAUGCAUCGACCGCGGAGUUGGAGAUCAAGGGUAUCUGGGCUUCAAGUACUGGCACAGCCCCGGAGCCUUUGCAACAUAUCUCAUCGACACACCGGAAUCCGUCGGCAAGUUUGUUGGAUUCUGGGCGGUUUUGAUUCAAGCCGGAUUUUCCUAUCAAGGUACGGAACUGGUCGGUGUCGCUGCGGGAGAAACCGAAAAUCCUCAGAAGACAGUUCCCUCUGCUAUCCGCAAGACAUUUGUUCGGAUCCUUCUCUUCUUCGUUUUAACGAUGUUCUUCAUUGGGCUUGUAGUUCCUUAUGACAACCCGAGACUUGCUACCACAACCACUAAUGCCUCAUCAUCCCCAAUGGUUAUUGCGGCUGAUUUGGCAGGUGUGAAGGUGCUUCCCAGCCUGAUCAAUGCGGUUCUCCUGACCGUGGUCUUAUCGGCUGCGAAUUCCAACGUUUACAGCGGUAGCAGAAUAUUGACUGGGCUGGCAAACGAAGGAUUUGCCCCUUCCUGCUUCGGUUGGGUGACUAAGUCUGGUGUCCCAUACGUCAGCGUGAUGUUCACUGCUUUAUUCGGUCUUCUGGGUUUCAUGAAUGUUUCCAACGACGCUGGCCAAGUCUUCAAUUGGCUGGUGAAUCUUUCUAGCGUGGCAGGUUUCGUCACCUGGGCUUCCAUUAACGCCUGCCAUAUUGCAUUCAUGCGUGCUUUGGCAACUCGGGGUAUCUCUCGUGACUCUCUCCCUUACAAGGCUAUCUUGCAGCCAUAUUUGGCCUGGUACGGAUUGUUUUUCAACAUUCUCAUUGCGCUUACCCAGGGUUUCACUGCCUUUAUCCCACAUUUCCGAGUGACGGACUUCUUUGUCGCUUAUAUAUGUCCCAUUGUCUUUGUGGUGCUCUAUAUUGGACACAAGAUCUUCUAUCGUACAUCAUUCGUGCGCUCGGUUGAUGCUGAUCUCGACACUGGUCGAUUGCACUUUGAAAAGGAAGUCUCUCCCCCGAAGGCGUGGUACAAGAGAGUCUGGGGCUGGGCCACAACCACUCGUCGAGCUAUCCGGGAUGCAUUUACUAUCUCUCACUAUUAG